CGGCAGUUGGGAAAACGUGGGUCAAACGUGGGAAAGAGGCUGCAUGGUGUUCAAGAGGCUAUGAAAGAGCUGAGCUUGUCUUUGUAAACCAAAUGGAUGUUAAGAUGAUAUUUCUAAAUAGUAAGUUAGACGAGGAAGUGUACAUGGAGCAACCAGAAGGUUUGUAUUGCCUGAAAAUGAAACAAAGGUGUGUGAGUUGCUUAAGUUCUUGUAUAUCUAAAGCAAGCACCUACGCAAUGGUAUGAGAAAUUUUAUUUUGUUGUCUUAACUCAUGGAUUUUCUCAUAACUCCGCUGACAAGUGCAUUUACCCAAAUAGAUCUUUGAUUUACUAGUGAGAGAGAACUAGAUGAUGUUGAUGGAGGACUUACCAACUUGAUAAUAAAAAAAACCUUCGGUACCAACUUGACGCUACGUUGAAUUUAAGUGAUCAUUUCUGUAAUUAAACCUCUCUCCUCAAAGAUAAGAUAUGGUCCCUCCAUCCCGCCAUGAUUCGUAUAACCACCACCCGUUUCUUGAGCAAAAAACUAAAAAGGUUAUCCGAUUUCUUCAUCUGAAAAAAAAAUGAAGCAGUCCGCUCAGCUGGUCUUCGUCCCAUCUCCCGGUAUCGGCCAUCUCGUCUCCACAAUCGAAUUUGCCCGCCGAUUGCUCCGGCGGGACGCCGGCAUCUCGGUCGUCAUCCUCCUCAUCAAGUUCCCGCCGCCGUUCGGCGAUGACAUCGACGGCUACGUCAAAUCAUUCUGCGGCGCCAUCGACGGCGACGACGACCGCCGAAUCCAACUCGUUACCCUCCCCCAACUACCUCCCCCUUCUUCCUCUUCCUCGCCGGAACUUCCCAAAUCGGCGGAGCAUUUCAUCUCCACCUUAAUCGAGGCACACCGGCCGCUAGUGAAAGAAGCGAUUCUGAAUCUCGCUUUGCCCUCGGUCGCCGGCCUAGUCGUCGAUCUGUUCUGCACCUCGAUGAUCGACGUCGCUGACGAGCUCGGGAUCCCUUCCUAUCUCUUCUUCACCUCAUCAAUUGCAUUUCUCGGGUUCAUGCUCUACCUCCCAACCCACCACGACCGGGUCGGAUCCGUGUUCGAACUGACGGGCGACCCGGUACCAGUCCCGAGCUACGCCGACCCGUUCCCUUCUCGUUUUCUUCCGUCCGUCUUCCUCAACAAGCACGGCGGGUACUCGUCGAUGACGAAUCACGGCCGGCGAUUCUCGGAAGUCAAGGGCAUUAUCGUCAAUUCCUUCGCCGAGCUGGAACCUCACGCUCUGAAAUCCCUAAUCUCUUCUUCUUCCUCGCCGCCGGUUUACCCCGUCGGCCCGAUUCUGGACCUCAAGGCUCAGGGGCAGGUGAAAUUCGGCAAGGCCGGGGGGCGCGACGAGAUCCUGAGGUGGCUGGACGGUCAGCCGGAGGAAUCCGUGGUCUUCCUCUGCUUCGGGAGUAUGGGAGCUUUCGACGAGGCUCAAUUGAGGGAAAUCGCCGCCGGGCUGGAGCGGACCGGCUGCCGGUUCCUCUGGUCCAUCAGGAAACCUCCUCCGGCGGAAGGAAUUUCACUCCCGGCGGAUUACGACGGGAAUUACGGCGAGUUCUUGCCGGAAGGUUUCGAGGGGAGGACUAAAGGGACGGGGAUGAUCUGCGGGUGGGCCCCGCAAGUCGAGGUACUGGCUCACAGGGCGGUGGGAGGGUUCGUGUCUCACUGCGGGUGGAACUCGACGCUGGAGAGCGUGUGGAACGGGGUGCCGAUGGUGGCGUGGCCGUUGUACGCGGAGCAGCAGUGCAAUGCGUUUCAGCUGGCGAGGGAGCUGGGGCUGGCGGUGGAGCUGAGGUUGGACUACCGGAUUAAGUUCGGCGGGGAAGAAGUGGACGACGGAGGGGUUGUGAUGGCGGAGGAGAUCGAGAAGGCUGUGAGUGGCGUGAUGGAGAAAGGAGGUGCGGUGAGGAAGAGGGCGAAAGAGAUGGGUGAAAGGAGCAGAGCAGCUGUCGGGGAAGGUGGGUCGUCGUUUGCCGCCGUCGGGAAGUUGAUCGAGGUCUUUUAUGAGGAGUUGGAGAAGAAGCCCUGAUCAAGACUCUGGGCCGGUCAAUACUGGGCCGCUGAAGCCCAAGAUCAAGUACCAUGGACCAGCCCAUUAGGCUACCCAACUAUCUACUAGUGAUAUUUGCUAUAGGUGUGGCGUCGAUUUGCCGAUUUGAAUAAUGGUCAUUGAUAUUGCGUUUAGUAUUUGUAAAUGUUACAAUUGAUGUGUUUCAUAAUUGUACGUUUUAUAAAUUGUUGUAUUAAUAAAAUGAGUGCAUUUUUUAGAUUACAAUGUUAGGUGAUCGUGAUUUUAAUUUUAGAAAUGAAAUAGAGAAGUCACG